CAAACAGGUGACCUGUCUUCUCUCUGUGCGAGGCCGUGGGUCAUGCAGUGUUAUAACGUGUUCUGGUGAAUAAACAGGAGUGUGCUGGAGAUGAGUUUCACUCUCCGCCUCCUGGUUUCCUGCGGCGACUGCUAUCAUGGACGCCUUCUGCUCAUCUGGUCUCAGUCGGUCCGAUCGCUGAGCUCUGGUCCUCGAAUCAGCCGCAGCCUGCGGGAGAGCUACCGGCUUCUGCAACUGCCUGACGAGGGCAGCAGCAGUCCUGUGCAGGUGAAAGAGGCCUACCUGCGUCUCGCCAAGCUCUAUCACCUUGACUCAGGGGUGCCAACUGCAGACGCGGUGCUGUUUGCUCGGGUCGAGGAGGCGUACCGUGCCGUGCUGGCGCAUCAGAGCAAAGUCAAGCAGCUGAGCGGAGAGAAGGAAGCUGAAGCUGAAGAUGAGGAUAAGUCCAGAGGUGCAGCACUCCAGCACAGACACUACCUCAGCUACGAGGGCGUGGGCACAGGCACGCCCAGCCAGCGUGAGCGUCAGUACCGUCAGAUUCGUGUCGACCGGGCAUCCGAGCAGGUUUUAAACUACCGACAGCAGGAGCACGAGAGGGCGGCGGCGGGCGAGGGGGCGCUGGUGGAACGAGACAUGCGCCAGCGUAGCCACAAAAUCAAGAUCACCCAGGCAGUGGAGCGGCUCGUGGAGGAUCUGAUUCAGGAGUCGAUGGCCCGCGGAGACUUCAGGAACCUGAGCGGCGCCGGAAAACCCCUCAACAAGUUUGAGCACAAUCCCUACGCCGACCCCAUGACCCACAACCUGAACCGCAUCCUCGUAGACAACGGUUACCAGCCCCCUUGGGUUGUCACGCAGCGCGACAUCAGAGAGGCCACCGCUCAGAUCCGAAACAGGCUGCUGGACGGGCAGGCCCGGCUCAGUGACCCCGUGACUCCCAGAGAAAGCCGGGAGUGGGAGGAGCUGUGUGCGUCAGUGGAGGAGGAGCUAGUCAAACUGAACAAGCUGGUAGACAAUUAUAACCUGAUCGUGCCGAUGCUCAGCAUGCAGAUGGUUCACUUCAGUUUGUCCCGAGAGAUCGAGUGUGCCGUGAAAGGAGCUCGCCAACGCCGACUGCAGCAGCAAACGGAGAGAGAGAGGGAGCGCGAGAGGAGGAAGGAGGAGAAGAAACGAGCCAACGCCGCAGCGAUGACGAAGAACAGAAAACACGGACUCGUGUCGUGGAUGCAGAAUUUGCUCCGAUAAAAAAACAACA